UGCGCAUCAUAUGGCCGCCGCUUUACCCAACUUCUCAACUCCGACAGGGAAAGUGUCUCAAAUGCGCAUUCUCUCACAUUGGAUGUGAACCGACCCAAGCAAAAGAAAUACUGGGUGGAGGACAUUUUAUAUGCCUUCUUGGAUUCAUUUUCAUUUCCUUUUUUGUUUUAUUUGGGGUUAGAAUAUUAAUUCUGUAACCCAGUCAGCCUCAGCGCAUCCGUACUUGUGCGCGCCUGACCGUUCGUGAAACAGACUUUUUUUCUCUGUUGGUGGUGAAAUUUAAAAAUCAGGUGAAUGUAUAGCAUGAUGAUGGAAACUGACCUUCAUUCCCCCGGCCCCCAAACGAAUACGACCACGGGGCAAACGGGGCCGAAUAGUGGGUCCAAAGCGAAUCAGGAACGCGUGAAGAGACCGAUGAACGCGUUCAUGGUGUGGUCCCGUGGGCAGCGGAGAAAGAUGGCACAGGAGAACCCCAAAAUGCACAACUCUGAGAUCAGCAAGCGGCUGGGCGCCGAGUGGAAAGUAAUGUCAGAGGCUGAAAAGCGUCCUUUCAUCGACGAGGCGAAACGGUUGCGAGCCAUGCACAUGAAGGAGCAUCCGGAUUACAAGUACCGGCCAAGACGAAAGACCAAGACGUUGUUGAAAAAGGACAAAUAUUCCCUUGCCGGUGGACUGCUUUCUGGGCCAAGCGGUGGCAGUGGAGUUGGUUUAACCGUCGGCAUGAGUUCAUCAGGGGUCGGACAGAGGUUAGAAAGCCCAGGGGGUCACGGAGGGUCCGCAAGCUCCGGCUAUGCGCACAUGAACGGCUGGGCGAACGGUGCGUAUUCGGGGCAAGUGGCUGCAGCCGCGGCGGCCGCUGCAAUGAUGCAGGAGGCUCAGCUUGCCUACAGCCAGCAUCCCGGGAGCGGAGCGCACCACCACCAUCACUCACACCACCACCAUUCACACAACCCCCAGCCCAUGCACCGCUAUGACAUGACAGCCCUGCAAUACAGCCCCAUCUCGAACUCUCAGAGCUACAUGAAUGCUUCUCCAUCCGGCUACGGCGGGAUCACCUACACACAGCACCAGGGCUCCGGCGUCUCCUCCUCAGCUGCCAUGGGGACGUUAGGAUCGCUGGUGAAGUCGGAGCCGAGCCAAAGUGACCAUCAUAACCAUCACCAGUGGACGUGGAUCACUGAGGGAGGACUGUGAUUUACAGAUAGCACCUUGUCUCUUCAACUGGCAGGCCAUCAUUACGUUGAGCACCAGGAGAUAGGUGCUGUGGGCAAAAAAGACCUUUUUGGAAAAUGUCAGCAACAGUCAGAGCCUCAAAUUUCCCCCAUUAGCUCUUUCCCCUGCGAUACACUGGACUCUAAACCCCUUAAUUAUACAACCCCUUCCUCCUAUCACCUGAUGUUUGGUAUCUAAGUAAUUUCGGAGCAUGUGGGGUUUUUUUCUCCGUUACUUAAAUGUGGCUUACCUGGCAAAGAAAACAGCCCAAUAGCCUAUUUCACCCAUCUUGGCAAAAACAAACACACACGUGCACACACAUACACACAUAUAAACUGCCAUGCCUGCAACAGCUCUCCUUCCCAGUCCCUUUCAGAGGAGCCAGCUUCGCUCUCUUAAUACCCUUAGUCCCUCAGCUGGCAUGUUUUCCAAGAACCCACUGCAUUUUCAGAUUUGUAAAAUCCGUCAAAAUGCCUGUAAUGAAUAUUUCUACGCUCUUGAGUCUAUUUAAUGUGAUGUCUGACCAACCAAUAGGAAACUUGUACAGAUUCUACAGCACUAGGUAAAGGGAAUCACUUGAAGCUUUAUUAUCUGUUCCUACUCAGCCAUUUCUCUCAGUUAGUGUGAAAUUUUCAUUUGAACUCUGGCAGAUAGGUUUGCAUUAGGAGACUAUAAAUGAAAUAAGCAUUUAUUAUUAUUUGUAUAUACUGUUAAGUUCUAAUUAGCAUUUGUUCUGUCCAUAACUGUGCAUAUGUAUUUCUGUUUUGAUUUUUCUUUAAAAAAAAAAAAAAACGAUGGAUUAAAUAUUGGGAGACAGGUUUUGAUUUUUCUGUUAACAUGCAAAGCUUUUGAUGGGAAAAAAGGGAAACAUUCUGUGUAAAAUCCUGCAUCUUUGUCCUUUCUUAAGAAUAACAUGUUUUAUAUUCACAUUUGAUUUAAGUGGUAAAUUAAUACCUCAAAGUGAGAAGUUACAAAAAAAAAAAAACA